UUUUAUGGCACCGAUAUCAGUCGCACAGGUGAAUCUCGUGAAAGUAGUCAUAAAUUAGUUAUUGCACGCAAUCGAAGUGAUUUCAACUCGUUACAAAUGAAGACCCUCGCGUUGACCGUCGUUCUGUUCAGUCUGGGAGCGCUGGUGUUCACCCAGAGCCAUCACUACCAGUGGGGCUUCCGGGGGCCGUACGAUGUCCUGCUGAACCGGACCAUUGCCAUCAAGUCGUCGUCAAUUCUGCAGGUCAAGACGAUGGAUCUGUACUACCCGUUGAAGGGUCAGCUCGGUCGUAACAUCACGUUCAUGAACGUCACGGACCAGUACAUCAACGGCAAGGGCGGUUACGCCAGUCUGUUGGCCGGUGGCGUCGGCUUCAAUAACACCAGGAUUCAUUUGAAGUCCCAGCGGGGCAACGGAUUCAGCUUUAUCGUGGAAAUUUAUGGCCGCUAAUUUAGAGAUAGACUACGAAAAACAAUUAGGAUGUAUCGCGAGUUAGGGCGGAGGGAUUUGCUGUGAGAUUAGGUGUGCAUGGUACCUGUUGUGUGAGAAUGAGGCCAAAUUAAGUCAACAGGGCUGACGGAGCUUCCGAGGAAGGUUUCCGGUAGCUGGUGGUGAUAACGGAGUCUACGAGUCUUUGUGUUGUAAUAGAAAUCAGUUAUUUAUGAUGAUGUCGAAAUCGGAAGCAAUGAUAUUUGAAGAAAUAAAAUGGCUUCACUAAAGUUUACCAAUCUUUUUCUGUCCAAUUUCAA